GUUGUCUACUUAGUGCCAGCUGCCCUGACACUGCUCGUCAGCAUUAACCCGUCAAUAACAGGAAACAUUUUACACGAAGAGGAAGGCAGAGAGCUGUUUGGUCUGGUGAUUAUUACAGUCUGGAUGAGUCUUUGUUGCAGUUCAGCGAAGAGCCCACUGGGUGGGGUUCGUUUGACUGCUGCAGUCAUGGUUGCCCUCUUCCCCUUUGUUUCGUGGCUGUACAUUUAUGUGAACAAAGAGAUGAGAGCAUCUUGGCCAACACACUGUAAAACGGUGAUUUAA